CAUAAUUUUCCAAACACAAGAUUUCGAGUUGAAUAUCUUGCACUUACUACAAAAGAAAACAAACUGCAAAAAAAUGGCGUCAUCUAGAUUUCAACUUGUUGCCCUUCUCGUCAUCUUCUCUCUUGUUAUUUCUGCCAAAUCUCAAGAAAAGGAUAUACUGGACGGACCGUGCCGCUUGAGAGGAACGUGCAAACAGGACAGCGACUGCGACGUUCAUUGCCAUCGUAGCACCGACCCUCCAGCCAUGGCCGGCCGCUGCCUCUUGGCUAGACCCUCUGGUCCCGUUUGCUGCUGCCUUUUUGAUUAAUCCGAUCCUUUUAAUUCUUUCACUCUUCAUGAUCAAUAAAGCGAAGAAUAAAGAAGAAUAAAAGAAGCGAUAUAGUGUUUCUUAUAAUUUAAUUUUUUUUCUUUCUUUACCACAUAGACUGAUAGACACUUUGUAGCGAAGAAUAAAGAAGAAUAAAAGCAGCGAUAUACUUUAUAAUUUAAUUUUUUUUCUUUCUUUACCACAUAGACUGAUAGACACUUGUAUCAUGUCACGAUAGUCUUUUUUUAAUUGUAAGAAAAUGGCUAUUAUUAGUAAACAUUUAUAUAAUUUAUUUAU